CCUAACUAUGACUCAAACAGGAGGAAACUAGUGACAUUUUCGGGCGAAAAAACUAAUGUCGAUAUGGAUCCAUAUCCCCUCAUUAGUGACUGUCUUAUACACGUUUUUACUUUUCUGACGGAAGAGGAUUUAAUCAGCGCUUCGUGUGUGUGUAAGGACUGGUACGAAGCUGCAGAGACUCCCUGGUUAUGGAGGAGGAUGUGCCUGCAGCGCUGGAGUUUCUGCAGCCUUGCUGCUCUGGGCAGUGAGCAGUCGUGGAAACGAUACUUCCUGAGACGCUCCCAGCUGGAGCUGAAAAUGACAAAAGGUUGCUCCGGUGGUUACACCUGCAAAAGCCUGAGAGGACACACAGGCAGGGUGGUGGGCGUGGCUUACCUGCAGGGAAACCUGAGCCAGCACCCGGACGUGUGCAGCAGCAGCAGCUCCGUGGUCUGCAGCGCUGCUUCUGACGGCACGGUCCGAGCGUGGAACGUCCAAAAGGGUGAGCUCGUGUGGAGCAGCCCUGUGCAGAGUCCUUUAACAGGGAUUGUGGUGGACGAGAAGCAGGAAGUUGUGAUCACGUCAGACUCUGCAGGCCUCAUUAAGACGUGGCAGGGUCAGACCGGUCUGGAGCUGGCCUCCUUUUCUGCUGCGUCCUCUCACUGCACGUUACUGCAGUACAACAUCAGCAGUGACUGGUUCCUGACUGUUGGAACAGCUCAGGGAUCAGUGUGCACGCUCGCUAAUUCCGCUCUGACUAAAAAGUCCAGUUUAAUGAUAUGCGACAGCUUUAAAGUCAACGUGCUUCUGGUUUCGCCCGACAAGAAAUGGAUCGUAGCCGGAACCAAAGAAAACGAUGAUUUAAGCCCAAAGGUGGUCUACAGCGAGAGUUUGACCUCUCCGCUGGAAGAUGAAGAUCCUCUGAGUCAGUCGGUGCCAGUCGCAGGAUGCCAGGCGGCUGUCUUCAUACCCACCCAGCCUGCCAGACUGGCUGUCAUCCACCACACCGGGCACAGAGGCAACAAAGCCCUCACUGUCUGUGAUGUGAGCAUAAAGAAGACCAAGUUCAAGACAGAGAUCCACGUCCAGCAGGUGGAGUCCUUCCCCCUGUCGCAGAACAUCUCCCUGUCCUCAGGAGUCCUGCUAGAGGCCAGGAGCAGUAACUGCUUGGUGCUGUCAGCCGGGGACGAGCUGUGGGUGUACUCGCUGAAAGGAGCCCUGCUCGCUAAUUUCAAAGAUCACACCAGACCCAUCUCUUCAAUAUGUGUGGACAGUUUUCGAGUGGUGACAGCAUCUCAGGAUCUGUCGUUGCGAGUGCUGAUGUGGAGGAACGACAGAGACCAAGGUCUGACCCUGGAGAGUCAGUACCACUUACUGGGAGGCUCUCACACCAUGUCCAGAGGGUUCACGCACGUCGCCUGUGACUACUCCAGCAUCGUGGCCUCAGUGGAAGGGAAUGAUGGAAAAGACGUCCUGAAAGCUUAUUCCUUCACAUCCUGAUCGUCGUGGCUCUACAAAAAUGCCUUCAAGUAGUUUACAUGAACGAACUGCUCAUCAUAAGAUGUUUCUGAAAAAAUCAUCUACAGAUUUUAACAAAGACAAUAUGGGAAUGUGCUAUAAAAUGAAAAAAAAAAAACUACACUUAUCUGUAUUAAGAUGUAUAUAAUUGUGCUUUCAGGGCAGAGGUUUGUAAAUGAUGAAUGUCACUAGGCUUAAGGCAAAAUAAAUUAUAAGAAUUACAAA